GCUGAGAUAGGAAAGAACAUAUGAACAGAAACAAUAUUAAAAGGCUGCUCAGAUGAUAUAGCAAUUCAGUUACAUCUUUGACUUCAAUGGCAGACUGGACAAUAUCCUAAAGGAAGGAACCCUCUGGCCAGCUGCAUUUCAUAGCAGCCAGGGCAAAGAAAACAACAACAACAGGUCUGUUGGAGCUGUGUGCACCCUACUUUUGCUGGGGCUGUCACAAGAACCGGGAGCCAUGCUGGUAAAUGCCCACAUGCCCUCCUUCCUCUUGGCACUUCUGCUCUGUGCCUAUGUCGGCCAUUCUCCUGCAUCAGCUGCCACUCUCCACUUCAAGGAAGGGGAAAGUUGCUACAAACCAAUGCCACACAGGAUUCAAGGAGUUAGAACUUACCCUCGUCCACAUGAAUACCUGAAGAUGUCUGAAAUCCCCAAGAAGUGGGACUGGAGAAACGUGAAUGGUGUCAAUUACGCAAGCCCUACUCGCAACCAGGGUGUCCCACAGUUCUGUGGAUCUUGCUGGGCUCACGCUAGUACCAGCGCCCUGGCCGACCGCAUCAAUAUCAAGAGAAAAGGGGCCUGGCCUUCUACUUUUCUCUCCGUUCAGCAUGUUGUGGAUUGUUCUCGUGGUGGGAGUUGCAAGGGUGGUGAUGAGAUGCGCGUGUGGGCAUUUGCCAAUCGCCGUGGCAUCCCGGAUGAGACAUGCAGCAAUUAUGUAGCUAAGGAUCAAAAUUGUAAACAGUUUACAAAAUGCGGGACAUGUGUUAUUUUCGACAAAUGUUAUGUGGUAAAGAAUUACACCCUCUGGAAAGUGGGAGAUUAUGGAUAUAUCCAUGGGCGAGAAGAUAUGAUGAGAGAAAUCUACAAAAAUGGACCAAUCAGCUGUGCAAUUAUGCAGACUUCAAAGCUGGAUGAUUACAAAGGAGGCAUUUUUACUGAAUACAAUGAGACAGCAAUGGCAAACCACGUUGUCACCGUUUCUGGCUGGGGAGUAGAAAACGGAAUCGAAUAUUGGAUUGUCCGCAACUCUUGGGGCGAGCCUUGGGGGGAACGUGGCUGGUUUAGAAUCGUGACGAGUGCAUACAAAAAUGGAAAAGGCAAUGACUUCAACUUGGGUGUGGAAGAGGAAUGCAGUUAUGGAGACCCUAUCAUACCUUGAACCUGCAUUUGAGCUGUCUUUGCAGAAAUGUCUUCUGAAAGAAAUCCCACAGAAUGUUUUUUCCUUUCCUUAAACAAGUAAGGUUAGCUUUUCAGCUGUGCAAAAUAACAAUGUUAUAGUAGCCUAGAGACAUAUUUUGUUUGGUUACCUUUUCUAUUCAAAUCUGCCUAUAUCAUUCACCCAAAGGAGCCUAAAAGGUCAGAGAGGGAGGGAGAUUGUAUCUUGUGUGGGAUCUCAUGCAAUGUUCUGUUUAUAUUGCGUUACGUCUCAUUUGGGGGAAGAGUUUGAGAGCUUAAGAAUGAAAGAGGUGAAGUACAGCAUUAUUUACUAAAUUUCCUCCUCUUCAAUCUUUUUCCUAUAUGCUUUCCAAAUAUAAUUCUUUUGCAUUACA